AUGGACGCCAGUCUGGCCACGGGAAUAGCCAGCCUUGCGAUACAAUUAUUCUCGGGUUCGCUGAGCAGUUACCGGGCUUUGGUGACUGCAUUUACGCAGGACAUCAGCCUCGAGAUUUUGAGAUGCAAGCUGGAACUCGAGGAGCAACGCUUUAUGCUUUGGGGCGAUGCAUCUCGCAUCUCCCAAGAACAACUUGGAUUUCCUGGCGCGCACAUUGCCUCCAUUCUGAAUUCUCUGCAAGCCAUCUCAAACUUAAUCUCCGAGGCACGAACAUUGGCGGAAAGGAAUGCUGUCCAUCUUGCCACUCAAGAAACUGCCACCAACGUGCCUUCGAACGAAAGCAGAAGUGUUCAAGUUGCCAGUUCAGUCACGCGAACAGCUCGAUGGGUUCUGGACGACAAAGCUAGGUUAGAAUCUAUAAUUCGAGAUUUGAAAGACUUCAAUGAUUCCUUGAACUCACUUCUCUAUCACAAUGACCGCCUCGAGUUGGGGAAGUCAUUUCAGAAGGUGUGCAUCGAGACUCUUAGCACCGAAACACAAAGAAAGCUGGAGAUUCUCGAACAAUCCAAUCUUGAAGAUUAUAGGGAUCUGGCCUUCAUGGCGGCCUUGAGACGCGCCGGACUUCAACUUGAGGGACUAAAUACUGGUGAACAAGUCGAUCUUGGUCUCCGAAGCUCAGAUGGAACUUCAGGUUUCGAAGCUCGAUGGAUCAUCGAUGUGCCAGAAUUACAUUCUCGGGCUCCAGGAGAUACCAUGUUGUGCGUGAAUGGGGAGUCUUUGCAUUUGGAAUGGAAAAAGCUGCCAGAUGUUGGCUCACCAGCUCGACACCGGGUCAUCCAGCGCCUCCAAUUCUUAAUGAACAUCCUAGGGAAGUCUCCUAAGCCAGCUGACUUUUGUGUACUUGAUCUUCGGGGAUUUGCAGUCCACCCCGACCAGGCUUACGUCGCACUGGCAUAUAGUAUUCCACCCACUGUCGUGGCUGACUCUCGGUUUUCUCUUCAAGAACUUUUGACUCUUAAAGAGUUACGGAAAGCCUACAGGCCGCCGUUGGAGGGCCGGGUGCGUCUUGCCUUGCGACUCUGUCGGUGUGUCCUGAUGCUUCAUACAGCGGGCUGGCUUCACAAAGCCAUUCGACCUUCAAACGUGAUGUUCUUCCCGCCCGAGUAUGGCGCUAGUAUUGGUGCCUUAGACAGUGCCUAUCUCAUUGGCUUUGAGAGUGCGCGCGAAGACGAGUUGGCAUUUACCAGCGACACGGUGUUUACUGAGACUUUGUCUACGGAGACGGAAUGGCAAUACUACGAGCAUCCACUUCGUCAAGGGGAGCAGAAGAGGAAGUUUAGCAAGGUCUUUGAUAUCUACAGCCUCGGCCUUGUUUUGCUGGAUAUUGCGCUCUGGAAUCCUUUCACAGCAUCCCUUGAAGGUGUCGAACCGACAAAGGCCAAGUCAUUUGUGUUAAAGCACUUGCUCCAGGGUGAGGUCGCCUUUCGGGUUGGAAGUAUCUAUGAAGACGUGAUUCGACAAUGCAUUACUGGCAACCUAUACAACGUUCGAGGUGUGACGAAGAAUUGGCGCGAAGUCGCGUUCUGGAACAACGUUAUCCAAAAGCUUGAGCUUUGUAAUGCAUGA